GAAAGGUAAUACGCUUGAUUUGAUCUCUGUUCACCUGAAGAAAGGCCUGCUUAGCCUUAGCCAACGUGGUCGCAAACGUGCGUAUCGCCCCCCGUUAUCAAAGAAGUCACAGAGGUGUGUGUGUGUGUGUGUGUGAGAUAGCUGUGAUAUGUGUGUGUGUGUGUGUGUGUGUGUGUCUGAAUGUGUGUGUGUGUGGGAGUGUAUGUGACAGCUUGUAUGCGUGAGGGUAUGUGUGUAUGAGAGUAUGCGUGGUAGGUGAGCUUGGAAGCCUACUGGAGUCACCUACUGCAGAGAAGGACUGGCUAAGUGUUGCGUUGGACUGCCGAGCGACAGAACGGGAGAAAAAGAGAAAAGGAGAGAGUUGAAGUGAGGAAGAGGAGGAGGAUGAAGGAGGCUUUUCUGUGGCUAGUGUGCAGCUGCUAUCUGCUCACCCUCACAGGGGCCUCGGACACAGAGCGCCGCCUACUGGACAAGCUGUUUAAGGACUACAACCUGAAGGUGCGACCAGCACGGACAUGGGACGAGAAGGUGAUGGUCAGGGUUGGGAUGACCCUAGUCCAGCUUGUCAGCCUGGAUCAGAAGAAUGGUGAGAUGACAACCAAUGUGUUUAUGAAUAUGGCCUGGACAGACUACCGGUUGUCCUGGGAUCCAAAAGAGUAUGACAAUAUUGACGUGCUCCGAAUCCCCCCAAACAAAGUGUGGCGUCCAGACGUAUACCUCAUCAACAACAAUGACGGGCAGUUUGAUGUGGCGCUGUAUGUGAACGUGCUGGUCAGCUACACUGGAGAAGUGUCCUGGCUCCCCCCAGCCAUCUACAGAAGCAGCUGCUCUAUAGAGGUGGCCUAUUUCCCAUUCGACUGGCAAAACUGCUCCAUGGUUUUCCGCUCGUACACGUACGACUCAUCAGAAGUGGACUUGCAGUACGGACUGGACGAGAAUGGCAAUGAGAUCCACGAGGCGGUUAUUGAUGAGAAUGCUUUCACAGAGAACGGAGAGUGGCAGAUUUGUCACCGGCCGUCGCGUAAGAAUGUGGGGGACGACCUGUAUGAGGAUAUCACCUUCUACCUGAUCAUCGAGAGGAAGCCGCUCUUCUACAUCAUCAACAUCAUCGUGCCCUGCAUUCUCACCAGCGUGCUGGCCAUAUUUGUGUUCUAUUUGCCACCCGGUGCAGGUGAGAAGAUGACCUUAUCCAUCUCGGUCCUCAUCGCCCUGACUGUGUUCAUGCUUCUGCUGGCGGACAAAGUCCCCGAGACCUCGCUGGCCAUCCCCAUCAUCGUCAACUACGUCAUGUUCACCAUGAUCCUCGUCACCUUCUCUGUCAUCCUCAGCGUGGUGGUGCUCAACCUCCAUCACCGUACUCCCAGCACUCAUCACAUGCCGCUGUGGGUGCGCAAGGUCUUCAUCCACUUCCUGCCCAAGUACAUUGGCAUGCAGAGGCCACACCCAGAAGAGCCACCGGAGGAGAAGGAGUCACAUGAUGACACGCCCCUUAGUCACAUACGUCUGGAGAGCCGCAGGCCAGGUGGGGAGUACUUUGUCCGUAAAAUCGACCCGGCGCUAGUCAUGCCCUGGAGAGGCAG